AAGUCAUCAAUUCUCAUCUUUGAUAUUGUUGUUAUUCAUUUGAGGGUUUCUUAGCAAUGGAGGGUAAACAAAAGUUCUUGUAUGGAACACUUGAAGCCUCCAUUUUCGAUGCCACACCAUACACAUCUUCAUUUCCUUUCAGUUGCAUGCUUGCGAAUGGAAAGCCAACCUACGUGACGAUAAAGCUGGAGAAUACAAAGGUAGCCAAGACAAGCUACGAACAUGAUCGUGUAUGGAACCAAACGUUCCAAAUACUCUGCGCUCAUCCAACUGAGGCAACCAUCACCAUUACGAUGAAAACAAAGUGUUCAGUGUUAGGAAAAUACAGCAUCCAGGCGAGGCAAAUACUGAACGAGUCGAGCUUGAUAAAUGGGUUGUUCCCUCUGCAGCUAGAGAAUGGUAAAACCAGCCCAGAAGUGAAGCUGAGGUUCAUGUUGUGGUUUAAACCAGCAGAAUUUGAACCAACAUGGGGAAAAGUGAUCGACCAUGGAGGAUUGCAGGGUCUUAGAAAUGCUACGUUUCCUCAACGUUCAAACUGCAAUGUGAAGCUUUAUCAAGACACCCACCAUACCUCAGCUUUUCAGCCUCCAUUUUCUUCCCCAAGAAAACUGUGGGAGGAUGUGUAUAAGGCCAUUGAUGGUGCUAAACAUUUGGUUUAUAUUGCAGGCUGGUCUUUCAACCCCACCAUGGUUCUGGUGAGGGAUCCUGAAACAAAUAUUCCGCAUGCAAGAGGAGCGAAGCUUGGUGAAUUGUUGAAACGAAAAGCUGAAGAAGGUGUAGCUGUGAGGAUUAUGCUUUGGAACGAUGAAACUUCCUUACCAUUUAUCAAGAACCAAGGGAUAAUGCGAACACAUGAUGAGGACGCUUUUGCGUAUUUCAAACACACCAAAGUAGUAUGCAAAUUAUGUCCUAGGUUGCACCAUAAGUUCCCCACACUCUUCGCUCACCAUCAGAAGACAGUAACGGUUGAUACCAGAGCUGCACACGGUUCGUCGGUAAACGAUAGAGAAAUCAUGAGCUUUGUUGGCGGAGUUGAUCUUUGCGACGGCCGGUACGACACGGAACAACAUUCGUUGUUUCGAAUGCUUAAUUCGGAGUCUCAUUAUUUCGAUUUCUAUCAAACGAACAUCUCCGGGGCUACACUUCACAAAGGAGGGCCAAGGGAGCCAUGGCAUGAUGCUCACGCUUGUGUAACCGGGGAAGCCGCUUGGGAUGUGCUUGCGAAUUUCGAGCAACGAUGGAGUAAACAAUGCGACCCUUCUUUAUUACUCCCCAUAAACUCAAUACCAAACAUCACUCGACAGCCCUUUCCCUCAACCAAUCCCGAUAACAACGAUGACGAUCGGAACUGGAAGGUACAAGUUUUUCGAUCAAUCAACCAUGUCUCAACAAACCAACUGCCUAGAAACUUAACCGCGGAGCAAAGCAUCCAUGAAGCCUACGUUGAAGCAAUAAGACGAGCCGAGAGAUUCAUUUACAUUGAAAACCAGUACUUCAUCGGAGGAUGCCACUUAUGGGACAAAGAUAAGAACUCGGGGUGUCGGAAUUUGAUUCCCAUAGAGAUUGCUCUGAAAGUGGCGAGCAAGAUCAAAGCAAAAGAGAGGUUUGCAGUGUAUGUAGUGAUACCAAUGUGGCCGGAAGGAGUGCCGGAGAGUGAACCGGUUCAGGAUAUAUUGCAUUGGACGAGGCAGACGAUGGAGAUGAUGUAUAAAUUGAUCGGUGAAGCCCUAAAAGAAAUUGGUGGGAAAGGACAUCCCAGGGAUUACUUGAACUUCUUUUGUCUUGCGAAUAGGGAGAGAGAGAGAAUAGAUGAGUUUGUUCCCCCACAGUCCCCUCAUCCUUCUACACAAUACUGGAAUGCUCAAAAGCAUAGGAGGUUCAUGGUUUACGUCCACUCGAAGGUCAUGAUAGUGGAUGAUUUGUACAUUCUAAUAGGAUCUGCCAACGUGAACCAAAGAUCAAUGGAUGGCCGUCGAGACACCGAGAUUGCUAUCGGGUGCUAUCAGUUGUCGUCGGGGAGUCCUGAAAUCGAUUCUGCGUCUCCCAGAGGUAUCCAUGAUUACCGGAUGUCGCUAUGGUACGAGCACACCGGACUUGUUGACGACAUUUUUCUGGAGCCGCAGGGCUUGGACUGUGUGUACAAAAUGCGUUCAUUAGGUGACAAAAUGUGGCAAAUUUAUGCAGAUGAAGAAAUCAUGGACAUGGAAGGAGUUCACCUUGUCACUUACCCUGUUAGAGUUACAGCCGAAGGUUUGGUUGAAGAUGUUGCUGACAGUGACGGGAAUUUUCCGGACACGAAAACUCCGGUGAAGGGAAGACGAUCGAAAGUGCUGCCGCCUGUUUUUACUACUUAGAUACAAGGAAUUGUACAUACUGCUGGAUUUGAAAAAUCUAACUUCAAAUGUAACUUAAAAUAAUUUAU